CGUAUUGACCAAGAAAAACAAAUUAAAGAAGAAAAGCAACAACUAUCACCUAAUAGAGAUGACUCCUCUACUCUUUCACCUAAAGGAACCAUUAGUACUGGGGAUAGUAGUGGACCAGGUACAACAACAGUGGCUGGAUCCCCAUCUGGUGAAAAAGAAGGAGAUACCCCAGAGAGAUUGAAUACACCCGCACAACCUACAACUGCAACGAGUUCUUCUGCGAGUGUACCUGCAGAGACCAGCACAAUUUCAACAUCUUCCACUAACAACAGUACAGGUGACAGUACUUCUAGCGCGGCCACGGGUGUGAGUGCGACAGCAGAGACAGAAGGAACCAAUACCACUUCUACACCUAAGGCAGUCCCAGAGAUCAACAACAUCGCAUCCACUAUGCAGAAUAACAAGGCUAAUGUUGACAGCAGUGUCAGUCCUGUGUGGAUGCGCACUGCAGCACCGCUGCUGAUUGUGGUUGUGUUAUUCUCCGUUACUGUGUACUGA